GAAAAUUAGGCGGCAGGCACCUUUCUUCCAUCUCCUCCACCACCAUUAACGGUAAGCUCUCUUCCCGUCUACCCUCUUAUUCUUCAUGCGAACCCUCGCAUAAUCUCGGUUUUCUCCAUUGAAUCAUCCACCAGGAGCUUCUAACCUCUUGUUUAUGGUCUAAAUAUGGAAUCAGUUGUCUCCAUAAAGCAAACCCAUGAAGGGUUUUGUUCAUUUCAUUGUGUUCAUAGGAAAAGCUUCAGGAGCCAUAGAGCUAGGAUUCGUAAUUCAGUUGCUGUAGGUACUGGAAGUCAUGGUAAAUUGAAUGAUAAAAAUGGGUUUUUGAAUAGAAAGAUUAAAAGGGUGUCUACCGUUUCCAAAUCCCAAACUUUUCGGCCCAAUGGGAGAGCAAUCAAUGGCGAGAAAACCCUGCAGUUGAAUGGGAUUAACGAGGCGAAUACCAGAAGAAAUUUUGAGGAGUUUGAGAAUAAUAAUCAUCUUAGGAGAAUGAUUAGGAAUGGUGACCUUGAAGAAGGGUUUAAGUAUUUGGAAAACAUGGUUUAUCGAGGGGAUAUCCCUGAUAUCAUUCCAUGUACCAGUUUGAUUCGAGGGUUUUGUCGAUCGGGGAAGACGAGAAAAGCUACUAGGGUUAUGGAGAUUCUUGAAGAAUCUGGUGCUGUACCUGAUGUUAUAACUUACAAUGUUUUGAUCAGUGGGUAUUGCAGGGCCGGUGAGAUCGAUAAAGCACUCAAUGUGUUCGAUAAAAUGUCUGUAGCUCCAGAUGUUGUCACUUACAACACGAUUCUUCGAUCUUUAUGCGAUAAAGGGAAAUUAAAAGAAGCCAUGGUUGUUCUUGAUCGCCAGAUGCAGAAAGAAUGUUAUCCAGAUGUGAUUACGUACACGAUUCUGAUCGAAGCUGCGUGUAAAACAAGUGGCGUAGGGCAGGCAAUGAAGCUUUUGGACGAAAUGAAAACGAAAGGUUGUAAGCCCGAUGUCGUUACCUAUAACGUGCUUAUAAACGGGUUUUGUAAAGAAGGGAGAUUAGACGAUGCUAUUAUGUUUUUGGCCGACAUGCCAUCAACUGGUUGCCAGCCAAAUGUUGUGACUCACAACAUCAUAUUGCGUAGUUUGUGUAGCGUUGGAAAAUGGAUGGAAGCCGAGAAAUUUGUGGCUGAUAUGCUUCGAAAAGGGUGUUCUCCGAGUGUCGUAACUUUCAACAUCUUGAUCAACUUCUUGUGUCGACGAGGGUUUUUGGGACGAGCGAUUGAUAUCUUGGAAAAGAUGCCGCAACACGGUUGUACCCCAAAUUCUUUAAGUUACAACCCAUUAUUGCACUGUUUUUGCAAAGAAAAAAAGAUGGAUCGAGCGAUUGAGUAUUUGGAGAUCAUGGUUUCUAGAGGAUGUUAUCCUGAUAUCGUGACUUACAAUACGCUUCUAACGGCUUUAUGUAAGGACGGAAAAGUCGAUUUUGCCGUCGAGAUUCUUAAUCACUUGAGUUUCGAAGGGUGUUCGCCGGUCUUGAUCACUUACAACACUGUGAUUGACGGGUUAUCGAAGAUUGGGAAAACCGGGCGAGCGAUAAUGCUAAUUGACGAGAUGAAGCAAAAGGGGUUGCAGCCGGAUAUAAUCACGUACUCAUCAGUUGUGAGUGGGCUAAGUCGAGAAGGGAAAGUGGAAGAAGCAAUCGAGUUUCUUCAUGAUUUAGAAGGGUUAGGGGUGAGACCGAAUGUGUUGACUUAUAAUGCGGUGAUGUUGGGAUUGUGCAAGGCUCGAAAGACGGAUCGAGCCAUUGACUUUUUGGAAUACAUGGUUUCGAAGGGGUGUAAGCCAACAGAAGGUAGUUACACGAUAUUGAUAGAAGGGUUGGCUCACGAAGGGUUAGCCGAGGAAGCUUUGGAGUUGCUGAACGAGUUGUGUUCGAGGGGCGUUGUGAAGAAACGGUCGGCCGAGCAGGUGGUGGUCAAGCUUUAGGUUUGAACCUUCGGUGAGUUGGACCUUUUCGGCUCUUUGGGUGGUUGUGUUUUUGUUUGAUGUUUAGUUUGGUCUUGUGAAAUCUCUAAAUCAGUUUUGUUGCGUGUUUUUGUGAACAAGUUUUGUUGUGAUGAAAUGGUCUCACCCUAUGAAUAUGAUCCUUUAUUUUUAACCA